AGUCGCCCACCAUCACAUGGCCUCAGAUGAGAUAAAGUUGAAAAGAUUAGCUGAGAAAUUGUGUCAGAAAGAAGCUUGCGCCAUUCAAUACUGCCUCCAAGGUAGUAAUUACCAGGAGGAUAAGUGUACUAGGGAGAAACAGGCCCUCAUUGACUGCUGUAAUAAAUUGAGUCAAAAUAUUCUGGAACAUUCUACACACUGUGGCCUCUCUUCAAUAAAAAAGAAAUAAAAUACUAUCAAUAGGAUAACAAUGGACAAUAGCUUAAUGGAUCAUGUUAAAGCUAAUCGUUCAAAGAGUCUACAGUUUCUAUUAAGAAUCAUUACAUUAACUUGUGGACUAUUGUUUAUAUUAUCAGGAAUAAUUGUUUCACCUUAUACUGGUGUGUCCUCCUAUUAUUAUGCUUUCCUUUCUUCUUUGCUCACUUUUGGUAUUCAACUCAACAAGAGAAUGACAGAGAACCAGGUGUCGUUGGUUAGUCGUGCGUUUAUCAACCUGUUGGUUACUGAGGACAGUGGACACUAUGUGCUAUAUAGCUUCUUCUUUUAUAAUCAAUACCCCAAUAUUAUUCAUCUUUUUCCAAUUGUUCUUUAUGCUUUUCUUGGCAUUGCACGCUUCAUGCAAGAAAUUCACCAACUUGUAUCGCCUAGUGUUGCAAGUAAAUUAUUAGUAAUCUCAAGAUGGGCUUCAGUAAACCAGUCCCCAGUCCACAGGUUCAUUGCUUAUUGUGAAGUGUUUACAUUUCCUAUUAUGCUAUGGGAGAUACUAGCUGGUCAUAUGUUCAUUCUGGCUCCUUUGUUUUAUUAUAAUUUUCUAAAAAUGAGAUACACCUCAAGGAGAAACGGCAGUGUUAGGAUGGUAUUUAGUGAGCUCCACACUUCUGCCUGUUUCAUUGCUGCUCACAGAAACUGUCCCACAAUUAUAUCCAGUGUCAUUUAUAAAAUGGACUCUGUCAUAUCAAGACUGAACCCAAUAGUAACUACAACUACUCCUCCUCCUCCUCCUCGAACAGAGUGAAGAGAGAGAGAGGGAGGGACAAUGUGUAUAUGUAUAUGUAUUAAUAAUACGAUAAUUUGUAUGUGACAUACGUUUAGUAAUUUUUUGUUUUAUUUUUAUUUAAAAAGAGAGAAACUGUUUGUAGAGAUAGAGAGA